AUGUCGUCGACAAACUUUAACGUUGGUGUGGCCGCUGAAUCGAAACCAUCGAGCCGCGUACUGAAACCUCCGGGCGGUGGCCAUUCGGAUAUUUUCGGUUCCUCGGACGUACGGCAAAAUCCGCCCCGACCGAAGAACAACCAGCAAAACUCGUCCAACAUGAAUGCGGUGAUGGGCACGAUGGAUCCGAACGAAACGCUCGAUACGGCGAAGCGUACAUCGUCGUCCGCUACCACCGGUGGUGACAGCCCAUCGACACCAGCCCAAAAUGGAUCCGCCACGGCGUCAUCGAACGGAGCAUCGUCGGGCGGUGGUGCGGAAGCUAGCAAGCCCGGUUCGGCCUCGUCGGAACGGGCCCGUGUGCCACCGGGUGGUCACUCGCAAGGUUUCUGGUGA